AUGCCACCACCAGGACCGCCGCCACCACCAACCUCCUCCUUCUUCUCCUUCCAACAGGGUUCCGAACGCGCCCAGAAUGUCCGAUUCCUGUCCGAAGCCUCCCCUUUACUAGGCCGGUACCGUGCCAUGCCGAGGCCGGCUGGUAUGGGCUCAUCCGUAUUGUCCUCCUCCCGCACUGCUGCUCGUGGUGGUGAUGGCGGGAAGCAGCGGCACAUGGGUACGAUGGGGCUGCUUUCUUUCGCUUCUGCUUCUGCCUCGUCUGCAGACGAUCCUGGGUGGAGGGGUAGCGUGCAUGUUGGGUAUGGCUAUGGGGCGCUUGCUGCUGCUGCUGCUGCUGCUGCGGACGGGGUAGGCGAGGAGCAGGAGGAGCACGAUGAUGAGGGUGAGGACGAGGGGCCGGAGGGGGAGGCUGGGUGCGGUUGUUGUUGUAGGGGCAGGCGAUGGAAGGGGAGGAUGAAGAGAGUGUGGAGAUGGUUGGGGGAUACGUGGGUCGAUCCCAAGGCCAGUGUCGUUCAGAGGGUGGUGGAUGCGUGGUGGAGUCGGUGGGCGACUCUGGUUGUGCUGCCGGCGCUGCUGUAUCCCCUUGCCGGCGACGAUGAAGGCGCGUCCCGUCCUGGCAAGCGAGCGCCGGGACACGGAGCUGCCAGGGUGCAGGUCAACUUCUGGUUCUUCCUCUUCGUCUACUACAGCCUCUACAACCUAACCGCCCUGAUAUGGAUCACCAAGGUCUUCAACCUGUACAGUCUAAACUGGUGGCCGCAGUCCCUGGGUUUCCCUCUCACCAUGUCCGCCAUUGCCAUCCUUUCCAUUGCCGCGCCGAUUCCCGUCUACCUCGUCCCCGAGACCAGGUUCCUGACCGUCCACAACACGGCCUGGAUUUCGUGGACGUUUGUCAUCAUGGCGAUGCCCGUUGCCAUUGCGUUCUGCAUCCUCAUGAACCAUGAGCGGCACCUUGGCCUCCGGCACCCGCUCUCUGAGACGCAGCGCAUUUUCACGUCGUCGUGGUGGGCCGGCGAGCCAGACGAAACCAUGUCGCGGCGUGAGGGGAGGCGGCACCGCACCGGGCUGGGCGCAGACGCCUGCGAUCCCACAUUCAAUGCCUCCUCCGCGGUUGGCUUCGUGGACAGCCGCUAUCAGCGCCCCAGGAUGCCCGUCAGCUUGCGGCGACGGUGGCUGCCGGCUAGCUUCGUGCGCUUCGUGUGGUUCUGUCUUGCCUUGUUCAUAGGCUUGCUCGCGUACGUCAUAGGGGAGGCGUAUGCCGAGAUCUACCUGCGCACGCUGCCGCAUAACAACUGGGAGACCAUCGUGUAUGUCUACGGGUGGAUAUCAACCGUGUAUCUCCUUGACGGCUUGACGGGGUGGAUCCUGGGUGGCAGCGAAGGUGAGCGGGUCGGGAGCUAUCCUCUGAGCUGGAUCUUCAAGCUAUAUUUCAUGCUCACCUACCAGACCUACGUUCGCGCCUUGUAUGCCCGCCUGCGCAGUCCGUCGCAGUUCAUCCUGCUGCAGGUCCUCUCCUCGACGGGCCUCAUCAUCGUUACGCCCAUCCUGAUGUCGGCUCCGUUCCACUGGUUCCUGUCCGUGCUUGGCAUCAACGGCCAGAGCUACGGCUCCUACCAAAAGAUGUGCAUCCGCAAUGUCUUUAUCCGCUUCCUCGCCGAGAACGCGUCGAUGCUGGCGUUCCUCGGCAGCGUGGUGGUCUUGCACUUUGGUGCCAACAAGGACGUCUACCCUUACUUCGCCUUCGACGGCUCCGACGAGAACGAGGGCUACGAUUUCGGGCUGACCUUCUACGCCUCGAGCAUAACCUGGGGGUGCGAGCUGGUGGCGAGCUUGACCGUGGCCGGGCUGAUCCGCUGCAUCUACAAAGUCAGCGUUGUCACCGAGGGCAAGCUCGACUUCGUGGUCUGGCCCGAGCUGCUGCCUACCUGUGUGGUUGUUAUGUUGCAUGUGCUGCAGAACAUGCUGUUCUCCAUUGUCCGCCUGCAGUUCCGAUGA